AACAGAAACCUCUCUUCCCCCAGGACACCCUUUCAUUCCCAACCGACGAGCCUCGCGUUCUCACUUUGCAAUUCAGAGGAUUCUGAUCAAAGCUUGAUAUGAAACCCUUCAAAGUUUUCAGAGGAUUGAGCUCAGCAGUAUCAGUAUCCACCAAACCCCGCACGUCCCGUUUCAAUUCAUCCCUUUUCUGCCGAUAUUUCUCCGCGCAACCGCGAGAAACCGAAAAUUCCUCGGCCGCGGCCGCAGUCCCAUCUUCAUCUUCUUCCGAAGAAGAUGAGUUCUCGUCAUCAGAUGUGUUCGACAGCUCGGAUUAUGCAUUGGGUUCGGAUGUGGCAGACGAUUCGGGCAAUGUGAGGGUUGAGCCCACUUGGGAUGAGAAGUACAGGAAUGAAGCCAGGAGGAGGAUGUUCGGGGAAGAUGUUCCUGAUGCGAGUAGUUCCAGAGGUUUCUCAAAGGAAGAGGAGAAAAGGAGGAGAGCUGCCGCUCUUGCGAAGAGCCUUCUCGAGGCUGUGAAUAGGAAGGUCGAGAAGGAUGAUGAGGUGCAGGAGGGUGGGAGGUUGGUGAAGGAGGAGGAUCAGAAAUCUCUGUCUGUUGGGAUUAUUGGGGCUCCCAAUGCUGGAAAAUCUUCUCUCACGAAUUCCAUGGUUGGAACUAAAGUUGCUGCUGUGUCACGCAAGAUCAAUACUACUACACAUGAAGUGCUGGGAGUGAUGACUGAAGGAGAUACACAAAUUUGUUUUUUUGAUACUCCAGGACUGUUAUUAAAGAAAAGUGGCUUCCCAUAUAAAGACAUGAAAGUGCGUGUUCAGAGUGCAUGGAGUUCUGUUAGUCUUUACGAAGUACUUGUUGUCAUAUUUGAUGCUCAUAGGCACCUUACCAAGCCUGAUCAGAGAGUAGUGAAAUUGAUUGAACGGAUGGGUUCUGAAGUUCACAAAAACCAGAAGCGGGUCUUGUGCCUGAAUAAAGUUGAUUUGGUUGAGAGAAAGAAAGAUCUGUUGAAGGUUACUGAGGAGUUCAAACAUCUCCCUGGCUAUGACAAGCAUUUUAUGAUAUCCGGGCUAAAGGGAUCAGGGGUGAAAAAUUUAACACAGUACUUGAUGGAGCAGGCAGUCAAAAGACCAUGGGAUGAAAUACCAUUCGUCAUUACUGAGGAAGUUAUGAAGAACAUAUCAAUGGAAAUUGUCAGGGAAAAGUUGUUAGAUAAUGUGCAUCAGGAAGUUCCAUAUGGAAUUGAACAUCGGUUAGUUGACUGGAAGGAAUUACGAGACGGUUCUCUCAGAAUCGAGCAGCAUUUAAUCACACCUAAGAUGAGCCAACGCAAGAUUCUUGUGGGAAAAAAGGGUUCCAAAAUCGGGAAGAUUGGGAUUGAUGCGAACGAGGAGUUGAGAUCAAUUUUCAAGAGGAACGUCCAUCUCCGCCUCAUGGUGCGAGUGAAACAAUGAGCUCAGUGUGGUCAUGUUGAAACUUUGCCAAUACCUACAGAAACAACUGCUUCCAACAAUGCUAUUUGCUUGAUCAUGGUGUUUUUUGGGCUUGAAGAAACCAAAGGUAUAUAAAUGUGCAUCUAGUUUGGGCGCAUUACACAUUUCACAUCUAUGGAAGGAGAUUAUGGCAAUCUGGCUAGAAGCUCUGGAGUGCUUUCUGUUUAUUUUAAAAUGUUUUUCGUUUUAUUUUCUAGAAAUUGAGAAAAAGUUCAUGGAGGAAGCAAGCAAUCCAGGGUUGGCAACUAAUUGAAUGAUCAAGUUUGUGCUUUUGCCUGAGAAAAGUGUUCUUUGUUCAUCAAUUUUUUUGUGUACCGAUUUUUAUGACAUAAAAAAUAUUAAAAGUUCAUCCCCCUC